AAACGCAAUGGCGCUGCCCAUGCUGUCUCAGACGCGAUAAUGACACAUACACAGACGAGUCAUGUAUCUAUCUCUAUGGGUGCCUUCGCAUAACUUCCGUCUGUCUUCGCUGCAGCUCUUGUCUGUUUCUCUGGUCGUGGUGUUCUACCACUCAAUCUCAGUCAUGUCUUGGACAACUAAAGUGUUAAAGUUAAUCGUGCUGGCUGGAGUGUCUGUGUUGAUAGUGAUGUACCUGCGGCAGUGGAUGGCCAACAAACACUAUGUCUUCACGAAGGAAGAUGUUGCUGUACUGGCAAAGCGAUACGCAGGCCAGGACCACGACCAGGCGUUCUCCAAGGUGGUGGUGGAGCUGCGGAGGAAGUACCCGGGUCACAUCCUGCCGGACGAGGACCUGCAGUGGGUGUUUGUCAACGCAGGCGGCUGGAUGGGGUCCAUGUGUCUGCUCCACGCCUCCCUCACCGAGUACAUCCUGCUGUUCGGCACCGCCGUGGACACCGGAGGACACUCAGGUCGUUACUGGGCUGAAAUAUCAGACACCAUCAUCUCUGGGACCUUCAGGCAGUGGAAGGAGGGAUCAACUAAGAGUGAAAUGUACUAUCCAGGUGACACGAUAGUCCACACGGUAGGUGAGGCGACGUCGGUCCAGUGGAGUGCUGGGACGUGGAUGGUGGAGUACGGCAGAGGAUUCAUCCCCUCCACACUGGGCUUCGCCCUGGCAGACACUCUGUUCAGCACACAGGACUUCCUCACUAUGUUCUACACCAUACGGGUCUACGCCAAGGGAAUGCUGCUGGAGGCCAAUACACUACUCACUGAGGCUGGCGUCUUCUGAGGAACCUGACCCCUAACCCUCUCUGCGGCUGAUGUCUUCUGAGGAACCUGACCCCUAACCCUCUCUGCGGCUGAUGUCUUCUGAGGAACCUGACCCCUAACCCUCUCGGAGACUGGAGUCUUCUGUGGAACCUGACCUCUAAACCAUGAAACUUAUUGAGUUAGAUAUACAGUAGCAAUCAAACGUUUGGAGACUUACUCAUUCAAGGAUUUUUCUUUAUUUUUACUACUUUCUACAUUAGAGAACAAUAGUGAAGACACUAUGAAGUAA